AUGUCUGCGCGUCGGCCACCUCCCGCCUACGAAUCAUCCCCCGAUUCAAAUGUGCAUGCAACAUCAAAGUUGUACCGCUCAAUCUCCGAGGCCGCAUCCAUCCCAUAUGCCCGCGUCCAAACAGAGUCCUUCACCAUCAGACCAUGCUCUGCCCAGGCUUGGGUUGUGCCCGCCGGUCAAAUUUGCCGUCUGACCACACCUAAGGGGCCACAGGUGGGAGACCUGAACAUCUGGAACGCGAACAACCCCCGGGAACGGAUGUGGGCUGCGCGUACCCGACAGCUCCAUGCCUCCCAUGUCUCGGUAGGCGAUCGACUGUGGUCUAAUCUGCCGUACCUGCGGCCGCUUGUCACCAUCACUGGUGACUCGCUCGGCGGUGGACAGCUGCAUGACGUGCUUGGUCCGGAUGGUAAGCGAAACCCGGAGGUCGUAUUCGGGACUACGCAGUUUGGGGGGAGAGUGCAUGAUCUGAUGGGGACACGUUGCGAUCCUUAUGUGAAUUUGCUUAUGGGUGGUGAGACCUUCGACUUCCACUGCCAUUCUAAUCUGACACGUUCGGUUAUCCCGUACGGGUUGACGGAGCUGGAUGUUCAUGAUGUCUUGAAUGUGUUCCAGGUGACGGGCCUUGACGAGGAGGGAAGAUAUUUCAUGGAGGCCUCUCCUGCAAAGGCGGGCGAGUACUUUGAGUUCUUUGCAGAAGUGGAUGUACUCUGCGCGCUUUCUGCGUGCCCUGGCGGUGACCUUUCCAACUGGGGUUGGGAUGAUAAGGAAGGAGGUAUGGGAGCCACUUGUCGUCCGUUGGGCGUGGAGGUAUAUCGACUGAGAGAUGACAAGGUCCUGGAGGGGUGGAAGUCUCCGGAAAGUCCCAAGUACAAGGGAAUGCACGGGAUGAAGAUGCCUCCUCGUGAGGAGGAUGGUUACAUCGGAUUAUAG